UAUGAAUGACCCCCUCGCCAGGGACCAGGCCCGGGGGAGAUCCCGGGGGCGCGCCGAGUGCACUCCGCGCGCGGUGGGGUGUGGGCCACCCUUGGAUCUCCGCGCCCCGGAUCCCGCCCUGGCUGGGACCGAGGCGGAUUUUUCAGCAGCAAGUGGGGACGUGAGAUCCCGAACGCGAGAGAAUCUGGAUUGCCAGUCCUGGGUCAGAGAGAAAGUGCUCUUUCUUCUGCACCCCGAGAGGUGGUUGGGAACACCAGCAGACCCUGCUUGCGCAGAGCUGGAGGAUAGCGAGGAUUUCCCCCCAAGGAUUAGAGACCACCGCGAUUCCGAACCCGACCCGAAGCUUUCCCGCAGACGGAUUGCCACGGCUCCCAGAGGGGACCCCGCAGCCACACCCAGGCCGGUGCUGGUGCGGGUCGUGGAUUACCAGGUGACGCAGGAGGUGCUACAGACUGCGUGGACCAAGGGGCAUAUGACUACGAGGACCGAGGAGCGCUCUGUGACCGCGGUCACCUUUCGCACCCACAGUGAGUAACACGGUUUGUGGGGUCCCGGGCCCCGGCAGAACCUGGAUGUACCCUGCGUUGCUACGGGAGGAUAAUUCGUCGCCAAGGACCCGAACCUGAGAAAUGUUACAGGGAUGUGAAUGCGAGAAAAUGCUCGAAGAACCAACUCUAAGAAGCCUUAGACUUCGACUGUGUCUCACAGUCGUUUAAGAGAACAAAAGGUGAAGAACAUUUUCUAUUUCACAAGUGUCUUGGGAAGAGCAUCCAAACUUGUCUCCAGUACUAAGGAAUCUCUCAGGAUGACCGUGUCUCCGCUCUUUGACUUAACCUCUACCUCACAGAAAAACAAGUUAAUCUAAAAUUGUCUUUGUUAGAUAAAUUGCAUCAAAGACUCCCAGAUGCCCAUCUAAGCAUUUUAUGACUGGAACAAAUGUCAAAGCCACAUAACCACCAUGGAUCAGGCCAGUGUCUACCUCUUUUUUUAUUAAUAUGCAUUUUUAAUUUUUUUGAGACAGUGUCUCACUGUGUGUCCCAGGCUUACUUUGGACUUGGUGUCUAGCCUGUGAUGAUUGAACUUGAAAUCUUCCUCAGCCUUUCACAUACUGGGAUGACAGUGUGUGCUAGAAUGCCUGACUACCACCUCCUUUUAACCCAUUUUUCCAUACCUGUUAUUACCUGUGAUAUUCAUUAUAUUUGACUUGCUGUUGUUUUGAGGGGCCUUAUUAGCUCAUGUUAAUAAAGCUCACUGUGACUCUUUUUUCUUCCUAAGAUUUUAAAAUUUUAAAUUUAUUUUGUGUAUGAUUGUAUGCUUGCAUGUAUAGAUGUGUACAAUGUGUGUGCCAGCUGUCUACAGAGAGCAAAAGAAGGUAUUAUAUUCCCUAAAACUGGAGUAUAGGUGGUGGUGAGCCUCCGUGUGGGUAAUAGAAAUGAAACCCAUGACCUCAGUAAGUGCCGCAAGUAUUUUUAACUGCUGAGCCAUUUAUUCAGUCCUGAAAGUGAUUCUUAGAAGAAGAACGAAUAGCUUUAUUUUAAAAAUAAAUUGUUGGGUCCCAGUGUAGCAUAAGCCUUUCAUUGCAGCAAUCUCGGAGGUCUAGAAGUGGGAGGAUCUGGGGUCCUAAGGCCAGCAGGAAGACAUAUAGUGAGACCCUGUAACAAAACACAACAGAAAAAGAAAA